AUUAGGGGUCUGACAUACACAUACCUCCAGUUCGAUUCUCGGCUGCCCCAUCCGUCGGAAGGCGCGUCUUCCUCCGCCGGCUCUAAACAUUUCAAACGAAAUCUGCAAAACCCUAGACAGCGGAGGGCUUAGCCCCCUACCUCCACGAAGAUGAGCUACGCGGCGUACAAGAUGAUGCACUGGCCCACGGGCAUCGACCACUGCGCCGCCGGCUUCAUCACCCAUUGCCCCUCCGACGCCGCCGCCUUCUGCUCAGCGGCGGCGGCCUCAGGGCCGGAAGGCGACGUCGGCUUGGUGGCGGCGGCGAGGCAUCCGAAGCGCCUAGGCCCCACCCCCAACCUUGUUGUGGCGGCCGCGAACGUUCUCGAGGUGUACGCCGUGAGGGCGGAUGCGGCAGCCGCGGAUGGUGCCGGUGGCGCGCAGCCGUCCUCGUCAUCUGGUGCCGUAUUUGACGGGAUCUCAGGGGCUCGCCUGGAGCUUGUGUGCCAUUACAGGCUCCAUGGGAACAUUGAGUCAAUGGCUAUUUUGUCGGAUGGGGCAGAAAAUAGGCGAGAUUCCAUUGCACUUGCUUUCAGAGAUGCUAAGAUAACUUGUUUGGAAUUCGACGACGCCAUCCAUGGCCUUCGGACUAGCUCAAUGCAUUGCUUUGAGGGCCCGGAAUGGCAGCAUCUGAAAAGAGGCAGGGAAUCAUUUGCCUGGGGUCCUGUCAUAAAAUCUGAUCCACUAGGAAGAUGUGGUGCUGCACUUGUUUAUGGACUACAGAUGAUCAUUCUGAAGUCUGCUCAGGUUGGGCAGAGCUUAGUGGGAGAAGAUGAACCUACACGUGCAUUGAGUUCUGCUGCUGUUCGUAUCGAGUCAUCAUACUUGAUUGACUUGCGCGCUUUAGAUACGAAUCAUGUCAAAGAUUUUACAUUUGUACAUGGUUACAUUGAACCUGUAUUGGUCAUACUACAUGAGCGAGAGCCUACAUGGGCUGGGCGUAUCUCAUCAAAGCACCAUACAUGCAUGAUAUCUGCAUUUAGUAUUAGCAUGACAUUGAAGCAACACCCAAUGAUAUGGUCUGCUGCUAACAUACCGCAUGAUGCGUACCAAAUUCUUUCUGUGCCUCCACCUAUUAGCGGUGUUCUUGUGAUCUGUGCAAAUUCGAUCCAUUAUCACAGUCAGUCCACUUCUUGUUCCCUUGCGCUCAAUAAUUUCGCAUCACAGCCAGAUGGAAGCCCGGAAAUUCAUAAGGUCAAUUUCCAUGUUGAGCUUGAUGCAGCUAAAGCGACAUGGUUAUCCAAUGACAUUGUAAUGUUCUCGGCGAAGACUGGAGAAAUGCUGUUACUUACAGUAGUUUACGAUGGGAGAACGGUGCAAAAAUUAGAUCUUAUGAAGUCAAAAGCAUCUGUUAUCAGUUCGGGUGUUACGACUAUUGGAAGUUCAUUCUUUUUCCUUGGUAGCCGUGUGGGGGACAGCCUUCUCGUGCAAUUUUCUUGUGGUGUGCCUACAUCUGUCAUACCAGAUAUAGCAGAUGAGCGGUCUGCUGAUAUUGAAGGUGACCUGCCUUUUUCAAAGCGCCUGAAGAGGGUGCCUUCUGACAUUUUGCAGGACGUGACCAGUGUUGAGGAACUUUCUUUUCAGAAUAAUAUGUUGCCGAACAGUCUAGAAUCAGCGCAGAAAAUCUCAUAUGUUGUAAGAGAUGCAUUGGUCAAUGUUGGUCCUCUGAAAGAUUUUUCGUAUGGUUUAAGAGUCAACGCAGAUCCCAACGCUACAGGAAAUGCAAAGCAAAGCAAUUAUGAGUUGGUGUGUUGUUCUGGUCACGGUAAGAAUGGAGCACUUUCUGUCCUUCAACAAUCUAUCCGCCCUGAUUUGAUUACCGAGGUGGAAUUACCAAGUUGCAGAGGUAUUUGGACAGUCUACUACAAGAGUUCCCGUGGACAUACCACUGAAGAUAAUGAAUAUCAUGCAUAUCUGAUAAUAAGUCUAGAGAGCCGGACAAUGGUACUUGAGACAGGUGAUGAUCUUGGGGAAGUUACUGAAACAGUUGACUACUAUGUUCAGGGGGCAACCAUUACUGCUGGUAACUUGUUUGGAAGGAGGCGUGUCAUACAGGUAUAUGCCACAGGUGCUCGUGUGCUUGAUGGUUCUUUCAUGACGCAAGAGCUAAACUUCACUGCACUUUCUUCAGAAUCAUCAUCAUCGGGUUCUGAACCUCUUGGAGUAGCAUCUGCUUCCAUCGCAGAUCCAUACGUUCUUCUGAAGAUGGUUGAUGGAACUAUUCAACUUCUUGUAGGAGAUCAUUCUACUUGUGCUCUUUCAAUCAAUGCUCCCAGUACUUUAACAAGCCGAGGUGAAAGAAUAUCUGCAUGCACACUUUAUCAUGACAGAGGUCCUGAGCCAUGGCUGAGAAAGACGCGUGGUGAUGCAUGGUUAUCUAGUGGUGUUACAGUGGCAGUUGAUGUCAGUGGUAGUUCAUCUCAGGAUCAGUCUGAUAUAUACUGCAUCAUUUGUUAUGAAAGUGGUAAACUAGAAAUUUUUGAAGUGCCUAGUUUCAGACAAGUUUUCUCUGUGGGAAGUUUCUUCUCUGGUGAGUCUCUUUUGGUUGACGCAUUUGCUCAGGGUUUUACUGAGGAUAGUGCAGAAGGAAGACAGGAUGAAACUAAAGUUUCUCUAAAGAAAGAAGUAGCAAACAACAUUCGGAUUGUUGAGCUUGCGAUGCAUAGAUGGUCUGGUCAGUUCAGUCGCCCAUUCCUUUUUGGAUUAUUAAAUGAUGGCACGUUGUUGUGUUACCAAGCUUAUUGCUAUGAAGGUUUGGAAAGCAACAUAAAAGGUACUUCGUUAUCACCUGAUGGUUCUGUGGAUCUGGGCAAUGCCAGUGAUUCGAGGCUAAAAAAUUUGAGAUUUCACCGGGUUUCUGUUGACAUCACAUCACGAGAAGACAUAUCAAGUCUUGCACGACCGAGAAUCACAAUUUUUAACAAUGUUGGUGGUUACGAGGGAUUAUUUCUUAGUGGCACAAGACCAGUCUGGGUUAUGGUUUGUCGACAACGAUUUCGGGUGCAUCCACAGUUAUGUGAUGGUCCCAUUGAAGCCUUUACUGUUCUCCACAAUGUAAAUUGUUCUCAUGGACUUAUAUAUGUUACAUCGCAGGGUUUUCUGAAGAUAUGUCAAUUGCCCUCAGCAUAUAACUAUGACAACUACUGGCCUGUUCAAAAGAUCCCUUUGCAUGGUACCCCACAUCAGGUCACAUAUUAUGCAGAGCAGUCCCUUUAUCCACUUAUCGUGUCUGUUCCUGUUGUUCGCCCCCUAAAUCAAGUUCUAUCCAUUAUGGCUGAUCAAGAAAUGAUUCACCACAUGGAUAACGAUGCUUCAAGUGCUGAUGACCUCCAAAAGACUUAUACUGUUGAGGAAUUUGAGGUUCGCGUUUUGGAGUUGGAGAAACCUGGUGGACGUUGGGAGACAAGGUCCACUAUUCCAAUGCAAUCAUUUGAAAAUGCUCUAACUGUGCGCAUUGUUACAUUACAUAACACAACAACCAAGGAAAAUGAAACCCUGAUGGCCAUCGGGACUGCUUAUGUUCAAGGGGAGGAUGUAGCUGCUCGGGGCAGGGUGCUUCUGUUCUCUUUCACUAAAAGUGAAAAUUCUCAAAAUCUGGUAACUGAAGUCUACUCAAAAGAGAGUAAAGGUGCUGUAUCAGCUGUUGCAUCGCUUCAAGGUCAUCUGGUGAUAGCUUCUGGUCCGAAGAUCACACUGAACAAGUGGAACGGUUCUGAAUUGACAGCCGUUGCAUUCUAUGAUGCCCCUUUGCAUGUUGUGAGCUUGAACAUUGUCAAAAAUUUUGUUUUGUUUGGCGAUAUCCAUAAGAGUGUGUAUUUUCUUAGCUGGAAGGAGCAAGGUUCUCAAUUGACUCUGCUUGCAAAAGAUUUUGGAUCUCUUGAUUGCUUUGCAACAGAGUUCUUAAUUGAUGGAAGCACAUUGAGCCUUGUAGUUUCUGACUCUGACAAGAAUUUGCAGAUUUUCUAUUAUGCUCCAAAAAUGGUGGAGAGCUGGAAGGGGCAGAAGCUCCUUUCAAGAGCAGAAUUACAUGUUGGAGCCCAUAUGACCAAGUUCUUGAGGCUGCAGAUGCUUCCAGCUCAAGGAUUGGCAUCUGAGAAGACAAACCGUUUUGCUCUUCUAUUUGGUACUUUGGAUGGUAGCAUUGGAUGCAUUGCACCUGUUGAUGAGUUGACAUUCCGCCGGCUCCAGAGCUUACAGAGGAAGCUUGUAGAUGCCGUCUCCCAUGUGUGUGGCCUGAACCCAAGAUCAUUCAGGCAGUUUAAGUCCAAUGGGAAGGCACAUCGCCCUGGACCAGAUAACAUCAUUGACUUUGAGCUUCUUACAUAUUACGAGAUCUUAUCCUUAGAAGAGCAGCUCGAUAUGGCACAGCAGAUUGGAACUACCCGCGCACAGAUCCUGUCCAACUUCAGUGAUAUUUCGCUGGGCACUAGUUUCCUGUGAAUUCACAGUAAUUUGAAUUCUGAGUAGGGUGAUCAUAUGUUGGAGGUAACACCAUGAUACAGAUGGAAAAGCUAGAGGCACAUGGCAGCUCUGAAGCUGCCUGGCGAUUCUUUGCAACUCCAGUAACCUAGGCACUCCGGUACCUGGACGUGUUGGUUUCAUUCUAAUUAUCUGUAAACUUUGGCAUCUUGUAUCUUCUUCUAUAGCCGCCAUCUCCUUUUUGGCUGUAAUGUACUCUUCUCGAUGCCUUGUGAUACUGUUGUGAUUGUGAAUCAGCUGUUUAUACAAGAGGCGCCUGUUUAGAAAGGCGUUUUUUUUUAUGAA